AUGUAUUGGGGAAGCAAUUGCGGGGAUGAGUUCAGAAUACGAACCAAAUCGUGUGGACACACACCUGGAUUAAUUUCAAGUCGUGUUGGAGAAUAUGACACUGAUGACAGCGUUGAUCAGUUGUUGGAAGACCUGGAACGGCUCUUAGCCACUGUGCGUCUUCUAAAAACCAGAUAUCAAGAUAGGCAUGUUGAAUCGAACACCUCUUCCGAUAUCGAAUCGCCACACCGCAGUUGUCCUGUUCAUUAUUUAGGGCACGCUUGUCGUCCACGGCUUGUUGUUGACAAAGUUGUUGUUCAGCAACUGCCUGAAGAAUCCAUGAAAUGGGUAGACAUUGCAAGAAUUCUUGGAAUUUCCCCCAAGACUUUGAUUCGUCGACGCAGGGAAUUUGAAAUGCCCAUUGGUGCUGAUGCCUUCACAUGUCUUGAAGAUGGUAAUUUAGACGGACAUGUACGAGAAAUUUUGCGAAUAAAUCCUGAAGCAGGUACCGUAUAUUUUAAUAUGUGUAACACAACCCCAGGGACGCCGGAAAGGGAGGGCGCAUCGCCCCCCUCCCCCCUUGUCCUUUAGUAAGGGGGGGCAGGGCGAAAGUGCCCUUAGAUAAAAAUUCUAACCCAAAAAAUAUGAGGUACAACGAUUAAAAAGUAUGAAUUACGGGUGAAAUGGACGUCAUAUUGAUAUAUACGUGAAAUUUUCUGGAAUAUUGUGUCAAAAAUUAGGUUAACUUUUAAAACAUUUUUGCCCUUGUUUUUCCGGAAUAUUUUUUGCCCUAGUUUUGGUGAAUUAAAUUUUUAUUUAAAACAUUUUUCGUAAACGAAAUAUAAGUUUGUGAUUGGCCUUACGUCAACAUUGCCCCCCUGUGCCCUACCCUCGCUCCGGUGUCCCUGCAUAAUCCUAUAAUUAUAAAGUAGCAUGAAAUUAACAUCCCUGUCUAAUAACGCUCGAUUUGCAUGCUUCUCUCUAAAAGUACGAAAACGUAAUACCGAGAUGAUUAUUAGAUAAUUUACAAUAUGACGGAACUUGUCAAUACAGGUCACUCGAUCGCUUGUGCUUUUCCUAGGGCUUCGUCUAGUUGAAGGAGGGCUCAGAGAAAAGAAAUUAAAGAUUCAACAGAAUCGUGUUCGGGAAUCUAUUGCACGAGUUAAUCCUGUUCUCUCAGCAGUGAGAGGACACAGCUUCAAGAUUGUCAGGUAG